CUCAAAGUCUCUUCAUUUAUAAUUCCUUGAACAGGCAUCUCACCGACAGCUGGUAGGCAGCUGGCUGCCUCUGAACUGUUUGACAAAGCAGGCCCAGGCUAAGUAGAGAAUUAUGCUAAACCUCUUUGGUGGAGCAGCUCACUUGAAGCAUUUCUUUCUUUUGAGGAUGGGAAUACAUUCCUGAUGUGUUGGACUUGCCAUUACAUCCUUCAAACAGGAAAUGUCCUUUGACCCUUCAGGAAUACUCCAGCACCAUUCACAAAACCAUGGUUGUUGUUCGUUCAUCUCAAGCUCAGAGAGUGAAUUCCACUUGUCCAAUGAAUUUUAACACGCUGCCCCUGCUAAGAGAUGCUAUCUGCCUGGAAGUGACAGGCACUGAGGUACUGAGCACAUGCUGGGUCUAACCUUCCUCAGGACAGUGUUUGCAGACACUCCAAAAGCAAAGCCACACUAACCAGCUAAGCUAUGCUGUUUAGUGGAAGCUGAGAUGUCAGAGGAUCUGAAGACAACAAAAUAGAGCUGCUGUGAAGUGCAUUUUUGCUUUGACAGGUGUAUUUGGCAUGUCCUCCUUGAACUAGAUGUCUCGAUGUGUCUGUUAAAAAUAAAAUGAUAAAUAAUGGUUAAAAUGGGGUGUGCCACAAAUAGGAGUACUUUCUCUAGCACAGUUGAGUUCACUAGGGUUUUUUGUUUUAUAUAAUAGUUAAUAAAGAGAAGUGCGGCUGCAUGGACCAAGUGUGUUGCAAUCAGCUAUUUUAACAAUGCACAGUUUCACAAUAAAGUUUCAUUUAGACAUAAAAGAGGAAGCGAGUCAAGCAUAUUGAAUUUCAGUCAGUUAUAAAAACCCCUUUCUUUUUAUACUUCUGCAUUACAGAGGAUUAGAUGUAAAACACGCCAUCUUAGAAGUGCAUUUGAAUAGGAAAUAAAAACAGAAGGUUGUGUUUUAGGGUAGGACGGAAAGCUUUAAACUGACGGCAAGACAACCAGUAUUCUGUACUGAUCUGCUGCUGAUCUUCAGUGAAGGAUGCUGUCAGAAGGUUACCUUUACAGAAUUGCCUACCUCUGUGAAGACUCUGAGCUCUGCACCAACGAAGCAGUGGAGGAAGUGGUGUAUGAAAUGAGUUCCAUUAAUUGUUCCUCCAAGGAUGAAGCACAAGGAAAAAGCCUCCUUCAGAGAUGCAGAUCUGCUGGCAAAUGCAUUUCUUCAAUUCGCUCUAGAGGUAGCAAACAAAGCAGGAGGCAGAAAGACAAUCUCCAACAGCCUGUGCAGCACCCACUGCCUGAAGGGCAGACAGCUCCAGCUAUGGAUGUCUGCGAAGGACUGGCAAAAAAAGACACCUACCUGGUUCCAUCCUCCUGCAAAAGCAUUUGCAAGAACUACAAUGAUUUGCACAUAGCUGGGGACUGCGUGGUGCCUAUUAGCUCAGUGGCAACUGAUUUUACCUGUGACAGUGGCAUAGGCCCCUUCCUGGAGUCCUCAGAGAUUCCUCCACCUAUGGAGUCUGUGCGGGUCCCCCCAAGCGAGACGGGCCGCAAGCAGGCCCAAGGCUUCUCAUCAUGCUGGCGUGUGGCAAGCUUGGUGCCACACCAGCAGCCCCUCUCCGACUCAGCCCUCAACGAUUACCUAGAGCAGAAGCUGAUGGAGCUGUACAAGCAGUACAUCAUGGACAGCACAGCCAACAGGGCAUCCCCCACUCAGAUCCUGGCCUCAGAGCUCAUCAUGACUAAUGUAGACCAAAUCAGCACGCAGAUAUCACGAGAGAGAAAAAUGGAGACCACCAAGGCCAAGGACAUUGUCAUCAGCCGCUUCUUGCAAAUAGCCAGCGAACAAAUAUUCUCAGAAAUCAGCACGCCAAGUUUGCGUAUUUCCCAAUACAGCAACACUAAUGCAUAGCAUUAGAAUGUCUGCAGUUAGAAAGCUCAAUUCUUAGGUUUUUUUCUUUGAAGACAUCUUUCUGCUUCAUAAAAAUUUAUUUACUGUCUACCAGUUAAACCUUACAGCACAUAUUAAGUAAAAAUAUCUGUACUGCACAGAUGUCCCUCUAUCACAUGCCAGAUGAUUUACAUUUUAAAAAAAAUGUACCCCCUAAGACUUAUUUCAGUGAGCCAUGGACGUUAAAAGUAUUUUGGUAGAGAAUUUACUAAGAGUGCAUGACACUGUUCCAGGUGUUCUCCUUCUUCCCCCUGGCCUGACAUCUCAUUUCAACUUUCCUCCCUUGGUACCUGCCUUACUACCUGAGGGCCUGCGAGAAGCUAUGGCUUACAACACUGAAAGCAAAGGGAUUGAAGAGCCACAGAAAUUGAGAAUUCAGACUGUUCCACCUCCCUGACCCAAUCAGCUGCACUUAUGUCACCCCUUCAGGUGUUUUUCAUAGUUUAUUCUAUACUAACUCUAAUUAUUCCAUUGGUGUCUUCCUAUUUAAACAGUUCUGCAAGAAAAAGCUCUUUCCAGACAGACAUCAUCAAUGGGAGUGUGCGUGUGUAGCUGUACACUUGAUUGUAUGAACUGAACUUCUAUGGUGGAUGCUGGUGACCCGUGUCUAUGACAGACAGACACAGUAUUGGUCAGCAGCCUACAGUCCUGCAUCUUUGGAGUGGCCACAUAGGGAUAGUGGUGAUAACAAAAUGAAUUUUACUUCAUCUUCCCGUCUUUUUGAAGAGAAUUCCAAGUUGUAAAAUAAAGGCUAACUCAAAGCCUCAGUGAUUAACACAAAUAAUUCCUUUGACCCUUGGUCAAAGUCAUCUGAUCCUAAUAUAUUUCUAAUAGAAAGGUCCUUUUCUGUAAAACUUUAGAACUUAAGAAGAAGAAAACAGUAAUUAGCUGCCUCACAGACAAGGAUGGUUACCUGAUUUGAUACGUAAACACACUGGCAAUGCCAGUCCAUGAUUCGUUGAAUUUCCAAGUGUAAGUAUAGUGUAAAUACUAAUUUAUAAUAAAUAUUCAUCAAAUGUUUUUAUGUCAGUAAUUAAA